AUGGCCGCCAGGACUGCGGGCGUGGAGGUGUCGAUGCCGCCGCGGCGGGAGGCGGAGGUGGAGGAGCCAGAGCGCCGGAUGGCGGAGGACGGGGUGUACUACACGCAGUCCGAGUUCCGGGACUGCUACGGGAGCGACGCGGAGUGGGAGAGCCGGGCGGAGGUAGGGUUUGCUGGAUUCGAGGGUUUCAUCCACGAAGACCUCGGCGGGCACUACUCCACCGAAGUAAUGCCUCUGGGAGCGGCCAAGGCCCGUUGCAUCGAGAACCGAAGUCUGGCAGGUUUCUGCUACGACACGGCCGGCGGCGCCAUCCCUGAAGACGGGGAGCUCAUUGUGCACUUCAAGACCCGCUUCGAGCUGACGCCCGCCCCGAGCUCGGGCUGGUGGGCCUGGAAAGUCGGGUGGCCGCUGCUGCCAGCGCCGGCACCGAGCACCGAGGGACAGCCCGCCGCGCCCGCCGCCACCGCGGUGGAGCCAGCCGCUGCCGUGGACACACCCGAUCGAACCGCAGGUGUGGAGGCGCCAUUGCCACCACUGCCGCCUCAGGAGCCGGAGCGACGGAUGGCAGAGGACGGGGUGUAUUACACGCAGUCCGAGUUCCGGGAUUGCUACGGGAGCGACGCGGAGUGGGAGAGCCGGGCUGAGGUGGGGUUUGCUGGCUUCGAAGGCUUCAUCCGCGAAGGCCUCGGCGGGCACCACUCCACCGAAGUGAUGUCUCUGGGAGCGGCCAAGGCCCGUUGCAUCGAGGACCCAAGUGUCGCGGGUUUCUGCUACGACACGGUUGGGGGAACGAUCCCCGAAGACGGGGAGCUCACUGUGCACUUCGAGACCAGCUUUGAGCUCUCGCCCGCCCCGGGCUCUGGGUGGUGGGCCUGGAAGGUCGGAUGGCCGCAGCUGCCGGCGCCGACGGCGCAGCGGGCUGGGCCCGGCCAGCGGAAAAGGCUGGUGCGGGCCUUCUCUGGCUGGCCCGCGCAGGGCGCCGCCUGCCCGUGUGCGCUCUGGGCCGACCCUGCCGCGGGGCAGGGCUCGGGCGGGUCCUGCCCUCCGCUGCCGGAGGUGGCGCGGCUGUCCGAGCGGGUGUGGAGGGUCCUGGGCCGCAACCCGGGUUCGUUCACGCUCACGGGCACCAACAUCUACCUGGUCGGCUCUGGGGCGCGGAGGAUCCUGAUCGACACCGGAGACCGGAGAGGAAACAUCGGCAUUCGGGCAAGUGGUAAUGUGGGAUGA